AUACAUCUCCCGUAACGAUGAUGAACUCUCCAAACUCAAGUCAUCAAAAAUUAAUGGGGCUGUCAGGUCUAAAACAGCAAAAGAAGAUCUUAUAGAAGCGUUAAAAUUGAAGGAGCAAAGAGAAUAUAUUGAAGGAUUUGCUGGUGCAUAUCCAGCUACAGCCAGUAUCGGUGGAUCCCAAAAAACUUCUGAAACUAGGAUAUUAAUUUGA